AAACCCACAAACGCUCAUGUAGACCUGCUCGCAUAACCUACAACAGGAACAGCAUUAUAUAACGACAAUACGCUUAUUUUGCUUCCUCCAGAUCUCGAGCGAAGGUAAUUCAGUCCGUUUGUUGUAGUUACACAUUAGUUGGACUCGAGAUGUGAGAAUGAGCGCAUCACAUGACUGCAGCACCUCCACCUCUCCUCUCCUCCUCUCCUCUCCUCUCCUCUCCUCUCCUCUCCUCUCCUCCUCUCCUCCUCUCACACUCCGGCGCUCCUGCUUUGUCUCUGAGCCUGUGGCUGGAGCUCUCCACUCGCCAUGCCAUGGAUACUUUAUGGCAAUACCAGUUCAGGAUCAUUUUACUGGGGGACUCGACGGUGGGCAAAUCAUCUUUGCUCAAGAGGUUCACGGAUGGCGUCUACAGCGAUGUCGCGGACCCGACGGUCGGGGUGGAUUUCUACGCCCGCUCACUGGACAUCGAGCCCGGGGUUAAAAUCAAGCUACAGCUAUGGGACACAGCGGGACAAGAGAGAUUCAGGUCCAUCACCACUUCCUACUAUCGCAACUCGGUGGGCGGCCUCUUAGUCUUUGACCUGACGAACAGGAAGACCUUCGAUCACGUGCGGGAAUGGCACCGAGAGGUCAGAGAGCACAUCCUGCCUCAUCACAUGGUCUACAUCCUAAUCGGCCACAAGAGCGACCUGAAGCGCGACCGCAAGGUGACACGGGAUGAGGCGGAGCAGCUGGCGGCCGAACUCGGCAUCCGCUACGUGGAGACUUCGGCCAAGUGCAACAGCAACGUGGAGCGUGCUUUUGAGCUGCUCACACGGGACAUCUAUGAGCUGAUGAAGAUGGGUGAGAUCUCCACGCGUGACGGCUGGGACGGGGUCAAGAGCGGCCUCACCGCUAAGGUUCUGUACCCCGCCGAGGAGGCGGACCGAGAAAAGAGCUGCAACUGCUGACUCCCACGAUCCACCUGCAAUCGCUCACCUGUGUAUCAGUCGGUCGUCGCUCACCUCGGCUUUCACUAACAUGUUGCAUCAUGGGCAGUGCCUCAGGCCUGGACCACCUCACUUACCUUGUUGUUGCUGUCUGAGGUUAAUGGCACAAGCCACUCAAAGGUGUAGUAUAUUUGGGCUUGAGUGGACAGGCCCUGCUUCAUAUUGUUGGAGAUCACACACACGUUGUGAAGUUUGCAGCAAUCUUGUGGAUAGCGUCCGGAUAAACGUUUUUAGAGUGUAGUUGUACUUCACAUCCUCUAGAGCUAAUAUGGUUUAUUUGGCUUGUUCCUUUCCGUUUAACCAGGGUACAGUUAACAUUUAGAGAGAACAUCUAGUGAUUGCAAUCUUAUCUACAGUUAAAGACUUUAAAGACCCCAUAAAAUGGCUUGACUAUAUGGUUUUCUUUCCUGUGUUGACAUUGCUUAUUCAAACAGGAAGUCAAGAAAAAAUAAUCUGACAGCCUUUAGUUUAGGUCAGUGCCAUGAUCCAUGAUUUGCUUCUUCCGAUUGGCAGUCAGUAGCAGGUGGUUUUAGGAGAAGGGCAUUUGAGAGCAUGACAUUUUCUGUUUUCCCAGUAGCAAAAUACUGUAAAAUGUGUUAUAGGUUUUUAGGAGUACACACAUAAAUGCCAUGUAUAUCCAUAAAAGAAACAGACUGAAAGCCACAAAACUCCAACUUUGAUUUUCUGAGUGAGUUUUUAAGAAGAAUAUGAGGAAAGGAACAAGACACCAUUUUCAACUAAAAACUGAACCCUUUUAUGUGUUUUGGCCGUUAAUUUAAAUGUCAGCGACUUCAAAGUAUACGUUUUUGGAAACUUUGUUUAAUCUAUAAAAAAUAAAAUGCAAACUUGUGAAAACGGGGACGUUAUGCACAUGCAUAUUACAUAAGCAUGUAUGAGUUUCUUUACAACGUGCCAUCACGGACAUGCAUAAAACAGUGUUUUUAGUCGUUUUUGUGGAUCCGUGUCAUCGGGGAUCGUUUUUUACAACCUUCUCAACUGUACACCAAACUUUUCAAAAAUGCAAAGGAAAAACUCUUCUGUUAAGUGGUAGAUCGUUGUGGUGUUAACAUACCCUAAACCUCCUCUCUGAUUGAUCGCUGGGACUGCAAAGGUGAUUUUGCACAUUAUUCAGCAAUCCUAUGGAAGGCCAGAAGGGCCAAAAACACAUUAAUUUUAACUCGUCAACAACAUUAGAUAUGUGUCGUUUACGCGUGAAAAAUCAGUGCGUUAAAUACGUGUUUUCAACGUGUUAAAUACAAGUUAAAUACACGUUAAAAAUCAGUUUGAACGGGUCAGUGUCAUUGGUUCCUGAGGACUUGGGUCAAACCACUUCUGUGAGCUUAGGGGGGUGUACCAUUCAUAGACUAGGCAACCACCAUUUAACAUGCUAUAGAUCCGCAUAUUCAGCCUAAUUAUCUUUUCUUCUUCUUUUUUUGUACAGCUUGUAGAAAUAAUAUAUUUAAAUUGCAGUUUUAUGAAAAAUUUGAUAAAAAUAAAAUCGCUUUGUUUUUCUCCACUCAUGCGUUUUUGUAAAUAAACAUUAGUGGACAUUCUAGCUUUAACAGUGAUCAAACUUAAGUUAGCAUCAAAGCAUUAAUAUUUGCAUGGGGAAAUCAGUUACAGUGGAGGUAAGCAAUCAAUGCAGGUUUAAGAUAGACCAUUGCAAUCGAUAUAUGUCUUUGGAAAACAAUCAAUAUCUUUGAAAUCAACAGCUUUUAUUGUGCUUACAUUUACAGCUAUCGCCAGCUGGUGGCACUUAUUGAAACCUCUUUUUGUUCAGCGAUUCUGCACUUUUUGUUCAGUGAUUAUGCACUCAUCAGAUAAACAGUAAUUAGGUACAUGUGAUAUUAUAAGACAUAAGUAUUUAAGACUUUCAGGAUUAGAAUGAGAGCUUGUACUUGGGUCAGGAUAACAGACGUAUUCUACUGCUACCACCAUUAAAGUUCCUCCUAUUUUCUUUGUUAAUGAAUGUAAUUAUUUUUGAUCAACUCUUAACGAGCACUAAGCAGUCCCUCUAAACCAAACUGUACUGUGAGCGCCCCCCCCCCAACAAUAUUACUAAUCAUACUUUUUAAUCUACUGCCUUGAACAACAAAAAUAGGAUAUCAUUUGAAAGCUUAGAGUCUGAGCUUUACAGUGCAUGUAGCAUUUUCAUGUAAUGCUUAAAUAUUUACACUAAGUGCAAAUUGCAAUGGAUUCUAUUUACACUAAGUGAAAAUAGCAGGAUUUUCUGCUAUUUAUACUACUUAUUGCAAAUAGUGGCAAUUAUCUCCACCUCAUUAUUAUAGUACAUUAUAAAACAGUAUGCAGUAAUAAUGUAUUGAGUGUAAAUUCUAAUUUUAAUUCAAAUUAUUAAAUGGAUGCCACCUUAUUGGGAUAAUAAAUCCCUCCCUACACCUUCCCUAGCCCUACCCGACUUUAUUUUCAACUUUUUGAUUAUUUCCUUAAUUUUUAUUAAAAAAUAAAUGCCUUUCCUAUGUGAUAUGAGAUUUGAAAAGGAGGGAAAAAUUUUUCAGCAAAAGGCGGAUGCGAACUCGAGUCGAUUGCGUCAAAAACACUACUCAACACGCUUUACCAUCUACGCCACUGAAGCUGACAUCUAACAGCGUUUUUUUUUAUAGUGUUGACUAGCCCUUUAACAC